UGCACGGCCUCGCUUCUUGUCAGCAACACCAGGGCAGCCUGCAACGAGGACUUGCUCAUGCGCGAGGGAGUCACCUUCUGCAUUAAUGUCAGCAAGCAGCAGCCGUUCCCCAGCCUCCAGCAGGUCCGGGGCAUACGUGUACCUGUGUUUGAUGACCCAGCUGAAGACCUGUAUCGGUAUUUUGAAGAGUGCAGUGAUGCCAUAGAAGAGGCUGUGCAGAGCGGUGAGUGCUUAGUUUACUGUAAAAAUGGCCGCAGCCGAUCAGCUGCUAUUUGCACCGCUUAUCUGAUGAGACACCGAAAACUCUCCCUCAAGGAUGCCUUUGAGACUGUGAAGACUGCCAGACCAGUAGCAGAACCCAAUGCAGGAUUUUGGUCCCAGCUGCAGAGAUAUGAAGAAGAUUUGCAGAUAUCAAAGCAGUCUGAUCUGCUGAGCAGAGGACUUAAAAAUAGCAAUGUGUGA